AUGGCCGUGAUCGGUUCUGGCCCAGCGGGCUUCUACACAGCAUACCGAGUGAUGGGCAAGAUGCGAGCGUGCGUGGACAUGUACGAGGCGCUGCCGGUGCCGUACGGCCUGGUACGCUUUGGCGUAGCGCCAGACCAUCCCGAGGUCAAGAACUGCCAGGACAAGUUUGCCGAGGUGGCGCAGUCGCCAGGCUUUCGUUUUGUCGGCAACGUGGCCGUGGGCGGAGACGGGACUCGGGUCCACGGCGGUCUCGACGUGCCGCUGGAGACGCUGACACGACACUACGACGCCAUCGUGUUUGCGUACGGGGCCUCGCGCGACCGACAGCUCGGCGUGGCGGGCGAGCAGCUGCGCGGCGUCUAUGCGGCCCGGGACUUUGUCGGCUGGUACAACGGCCAGCCGGGGACGACAGGAGACGGACAAGGGCGCGAUGCCAUGAACACCAUGCGUGCCAUGGCCGACGAUUUGGCUGACGCCGAGACGGCCGUCGUGAUCGGCCAGGGCAACGUGGCGCUCGACGUGGCCCGCAUGCUGCUCGAGGACGUGGCCGUGCUGCGGCGCACCGACAUCAGCGAGGCCGCUGUGGCCGCGCUGUCCGGCAGCCGCGUCCGACGAGUUCAUCUGGUUGGCCGCCGUGGGCCCGUCCAGGCCGCCUUCACCAUCAAGGAAGUGCGCGAGCUGACGCGACUGCGCGAUGUGGCCAUGCACCCUGUCGACGGCAGCCUGCUACCCCCCAGCCUGCCGGCCCUGCCGCGGGCCAAGCGCCGGCUGAUGGAGGUGCUGGCGCGGGGCUCACCCACCACGACGAUCGCUGCUGCUCGGUCGUGGUCGCUCGACUUUUGCCUCACGCCCAUUGGCUUUUCGAGCGAUUCGACAGGUCACGUGACCUCAGCCUCAUUUGAGCGCACCCAUCUGGCCGAUCCCUUUGACCGCAACACGCAGGUCGUCCGGCCGACCGCCACCACCGACCCAGCACCAUCGCUCGUUCCCAUCCCGGCGUCGCUUGUCUUCCGUUCCAUCGGCUACCGCUCGGAACCGCUCGCCGGGUUUGAUGGUCUUGCCAUCCCGUUCGACGACCGCCGCGGCCUCAUCCUCAACGAUGGCCGUGGUCGUGUCCUCCGUGAGGUUCGCACACCCGACGCCGCCCUCGCCACCGGUCCCCAUCCUGGCCUCUACUGCGCCGGAUGGGUCAAGCGCGGUCCUACGGGCGUCAUCGCCUCCACCAUGGAGGACGCUUUCGCCACGGCUGACGCCAUCGUCCACGACUGGCAGGCCGGCAUCCCGGCCGAGCUCCAAAGAGGUGCCAUCCUCGGAAAACCCCGCAGCAAGUUCGACUCCACGGCAGACAUGCUGGCCGUGCUCGAGUAG